UGAGGUCAAAUAAUCGUAAAACUUUACAUCUUUCAAUAGCAAUGUAGAACAUAGCGUAGAGCCGCGGUACAAACGAGUAUCAAUCUCGACUCUGGCAGUCCAUCAACAUUCGGUAUUCCAUCUCCAAUUCUACAUUUCCUUGGUGAUCCCUCUUACAAUUCUUUGCCAUAAAAAAUGGAGUUAUCCUCCAUUUUCACUCUUUCCACCACCACACAUUACACUAACUUCUCCCCAACCUUCUCAUUUUUUCUUCUCGCCGGGGAUUAUCACCCUCGUUUCGUUCAAUCCUCCCACAAUUCUUCUUCCGAACCUCCUUCCACUUCUUCUUCUUCUUCUUCUACUCCUCAUUUCCCAACCAAUCUCCGCCGCCCUAAAACCACCCUCAAAACCACUGCUCCCACCCCUAAAAACCUUUCAAACCCUCUCAAAAAUCUCCGGAUAUCCCAAAGUAGCUCUCAGCAAGAUAAUCUCACUCCCAAGCUUCGCCUUACUACCAAACUAUCUCCACCGAAUCCUCCUUCUCCGCGAAAUGAAAACCUAUUGGUUAAUGUAAUUCACGAAGAAGAAGAAGAAGAAGAAGAAGAGGAGACGGAUGAACAGGAAGAGGAUAAUUCUGGGAAAGUUGAAUUUCGCCAAGAGGGUAAAAUUUUUGUGGGGAAUUUGCCGUUAUGGAUUAAGAAACCCCAAAUUUUUGAGUUUUUUAGGCAAUUCGGGGAUAUUAAGAGCGUGAUUUUGAUUAAAGGGCAUGAGAAUUUGGAUAGGAAUUUAGGGUUUGGGUUCGUUAUUUUUGAAGGGCCUAAUGCAGAGAAGUCGGCUUCUAAAGCUGUCGAAUUUGAUGGAAUGGAGUUUCAUGGGAGAAUUUUGACAGUUAAGUUGGAUGAUGGAAGGAGGAGGAAGACGGUGGUGGAGGAGAGACAGAGAUGGGUUGAGAAAGGUGGGGAAGGAAGAGAAUAUCGGUCAAAAUGGCACGAGGAGAGGGAUGGUUGUAGGGUAGAGUUUCAGAAGGUUUUGGAUUCACAACCGGAGAAUUGGCAGGCGGUUGUUCGUGCUUUCGAGCGGGUUAAGAAGCCGUCUAGGAAAGAAUAUGGUCUGAUGGUGAAGUUUUAUGCAAGACGUGGAGAUAUGCAUCGUGCACGUGAAACUUUUGAAAGUAUGCGAGCAAGAGGGAUUGAGCCAACUUCACAUGUAUUUACAAGCCUUAUUCAUGCCUAUUCAGUGGGCAGAGACAUGGAAGAAGCAUUGUCAUGUGUGAGGAAGAUGAAAGAAGAAGGGAUUGAAUUGAGUUUGGUGACUUAUAGCAUUCUUGUUGGAGGAUUUGCUAGAGUUGGCAAUAUCGAGGUUGCAGAUCAAUGGUUCAGAGAGGCAAAAGAGAAACAUACAACACUUAAUGCAAUAAUCUAUGGCAAUAUUAUAUAUGCCUACUGUCAAAGUUGUAAUAUGGACCGUGCAGAAGGGCUUGUCAGGGAGAUGGAAGAACAAGGCAUUGAUGCUCCAAUUGAUGUAUACCAUACUAUGAUGGAUGGUUACACUAUGAUCGGUGAUGAAGAGAAAUGUUUGAUUGUGUUUGAGAGACUGAAGGAAUGUGGCUUUGUACCCUCAGUUGUCACUUAUGGAUGCCUAUUGAAUCUUUACACAAAGCUGGGAAAAGUCUCCAAGGCCCUAGAAGUAAGUGAGCGUAUGAAAUCUGCUGGUAUCAGACAUAACAUGAAGACAUAUUCUAUGUUGAUGAAUGGAUUCCUUAGGUUAAAAGAUUGGGCCAAUGCAUUUGCUAUUUUUGAGGAUGUUGUGAGAGAUGGUCUGAAACCUGAUGUUGUGCUCUAUAACAAUAUAAUAAGAGCUUUUUGUGGAAUGGGUAACAUGGACCGUGCUGUUCGCAUGGUUGAGCAAAUGAAGAAAGAACGACAUAAACCCACAACGAGGACAUUUAUGCCCAUCAUUCAUGGUUUUGCUAGAGCUGGAGAAAUGAAAAGAGCCCUUGACAUUUUUGAUAUGAUGCGAAGAAAUGGCUGUAUCCCAACUGUUCACACAUUUAAUGCUUUGAUUCUCGGUCUUGUUGAAAAACGCCAGAUGGAAAAGGCUGUUGAAAUAUUAGAUGAGAUGGCAUUAGCAGGGGUGAAUCCGAAUGAGCACACAUACACAACAAUUAUGCAAGGUUAUGCAGCUCAGGGUGAUACUGGAAAAGCUUUUAAAUAUUUUUCUAAAGUGAAAGAAGAUGGACUUCAGCUUGAUGUUUUUGCAUAUGAAGCAUUGCUCAAGGCAUGUUGCAAGUCUGGGAGGAUGCAAAGUGCUCUAGCAGUAACAAGGGAGAUGAGUGCUCAGAAUAUCCCUAGAAAUACAUUUGUUUAUAACAUAUUAGUUGAUGGAUGGGCUCGAAGAGGCGAUGUUUGGGAGGCUGCUGACCUUUUGCAACAAAUGAGAGAAGAUGGCGUGCAACCUGAUAUUCAUACUUACACAUCUUUCAUAAAUGCGUGUUGCAAGGCUGGAGAUAUGGCGCGAGCUGCUAGGACAAUUCAAGAAAUGAAAGCAGUUGGAGUGAAGCCUAACGUUAAGACUUACACAACACUAAUACAUGGAUGGGCACGUGCAUCUCUCCCAGAAAAAGCGCUGAAAUGUUUUCACGAUAUGAAAUCAGCUGGAUUAAAGCCCGAUAAGGCUGUAUAUCACUGCCUAGUGACAUCAUUAUUGUUUAGAGCAACCGUAGCAGAAGAGUACAUCUGCACUGGAAUCCUGAGCGUUUCCAAAGAAAUGAUCGAUUCUGGAAUUACAGUCGAUAUGGGUACUGCCGUCUUCUGGUCUAAAUGCUUGCGUAAGAUCGAGAGAACAGGUGGGGAGCUCACCGAAGCUUUACAGAAGACCUUUCCUCCUGAUUGGAAUGCAUUUAAUAAUGCUCCAGUGGCAUAUCAACCUGAUGCUAACGAUCUAGAAUCAUCAGAUACUGAUGAUGUUGAUGCUGCUUACGAGAGUUUCACUGAAAAUGACGAUGAUGAUGAAGUUGACAACGGAACAUGGUUAUAGUUGCAUAUGCUCGUGAUAACGAACUUAUGUUCCUAUAAACUAAUUGUUAACAAUGUAAUCCGGUUAUAAGGUAAGGUAAUUUAAUAAGAGAUGUUUUAUUUUAGUAGUUAUUUAAAAAUAUUAUUUUUAGGUAGGAAUAUAUGUUGAUAACAAGUUUAUUGUAAUUAGGUAAAAAACUUCACCCUAUAAAAAGGGUUCCUUGUAAUUUUAUUAUGAAUAGUUGAGUCAAUGAAAAAUUUAUGUAUAAAAUCAUAAGAUCCAUUUUCACCUAAUCAACCCCAUCCCUCAAUAUGCUAUGUAAUCCAAAAAAAUUACUUCAUAGAUUGUAGUCCACUGUCCACAUAACAUUGAACAUUGACCAGUUUUUUUUUAUUUAUUAUAAAUGCAACAUCCUUUUAAUAUACAACUCCAAAAUGCAUGAAGAGCAUUGGCACUAAACCACUUUUCUCCCUUUCUUCUUUCACUGCUUAUACACACUACUUAUGCCUUCGUGUAACCUCCUCAAUCCUCAAUUGUUUCCUCAUGAAUUCCCUCUAUAUCUCAUCUUUUGCAAGGUAAUUUUUGAUUUUUGUUCUGUUUCUUGAAUUUAAAUUUGUUUUGUUUUCUUGUUCUCAUGUUUAUCUCUGUAAUUUUCUUGAAUAUCUUGCUGGUGAGGUAUUUCCCAUGUUCGUUAUCCACUCUGUUUUUUGUGAUGCUAUUAAAUUGAUUUUUGCGACCUGUUUUUUCCCUGAUAUUCUAAAUGGUUUGAAUUUGAAUAUACAUGUUUUGGAAUUGGUCGAAAACGCAGCAAGGGAGAACAAGAAUACUAGAAUUAUUUUAAGGCAUAUUCAAUUGGCAAUUAGAAAUGACGAGGAAUUGAGUAAGCUUUUGCUCGGUGAGUGGUGAGUGGUGACGAUUGCUAAUUGCGGUGUUUUGCCCUAAAUUCAUUUUGUAUUUCUUACUCCUUUUUUUCUCUUUUUAAGUCUUAAAUUUUUGGUAUUCAGUAUGUUCUAGAAACCUAUGCGUAGUUAUGGAAGUAUUUACAGAGUAGAAAGAUUAAUAAGAAGCUUAGGAAAACAUUACUCAAAACUUUGAUUCUCCCCUUUGAAUAAACAUGAAAUGGUUGUAAAUUGUGGUAUUAGGUUCAUUAUUUGAAUCUCUCAUGGUCAAGAAAUCUU